GGUAAAUCUUUAUCUUGUUACAAAGAUGUGAACUAAUGACCUAUGUACGUCAACAGUAAGCGAUGAGGCAAAGCAUAUGCUUGCGUAUAGUCAGUACACUACUGAAUACAACAAUGAGAAGUCACACGUACAUUGAUUCCUUGGGCUCGGCCAGAAUAAUGGCCAGAGUUCUAGAUGGUAAAACCUUGGCUAAAGAGAUCAAGGAUGAAUUGAAAAUAAAAAUACAUGACUGGAUUAACAUAGGUCACCGAGCUCCAUCACUACGUUGCAUCAUCGUAGGCAAUGACCCAGCCAGUCAUACAUAUGUCAAAAACAAGAUUCAAGCAGCUAGUGAUGUUGGUAUAGAAGCAGAAACUAUUAAAUAUGAUGAGACCUUCACGGAAGAUGCACUUAUAGCAGCAAUUGAAUCUCUAAAUCGUGACAAAAAUGUGGAUGGCAUACUAGUUCAGCUACCUUUACCGGGUGGUAUUGAUGAAAGAAAAGUUUGUAAUACUGUUGCACCGGAGAAAGAUGUUGAUGGAUUUCAUAUAACUAAUGUCGGGCAGCUGUCCCUAGACAUGCCAACCAUAGUCCCUGCAACCGCCCUUGCUGUUAUAGAAAUGCUAAAGAGGUUUAAAAUAGAGACAUUCGGUCGUAAUGCCGUUGUAGUUGGACGGUCGAAAAAUGUUGGAAUGCCUAUAGCAAUGAUGCUGCAUAGUGAUGGGAACCAUGACAGUGGAUUAGGUAUGGACGCGACUGUGACGAUAUGUCACAGAUACACGCCGGCUGAGCAGCUGGAACUGCAUUGUCGGAAUGCUGACAUUAUUGUAACAGCUACAGGUAUCCCAAAACUUAUAAAGGCAAAUAUGGUUAAACCUGGUGCUACCAUAAUAGAUGUUGGUAUAACAAGAGUACAAAGCGAGCAAGGAAAGACUAAACUGGUUGGAGACGUGGACUAUGACGAGGUUUCCAAAAUUGCCGGUGCGGUCACUCCAGUACCCGGUGGUGUUGGUCCAAUGACAGUAGCUAUGCUUAUGCAAAACACUUUCCAAGCGGCGCAGAAGCAGCGAGGAUCAUAAAAAAAGUUUUUGAAUUUCGAAUAUUUAAGGCACAUCCAAGUAGGUCUAAUUAUUAAACAAAUUAAAUGGCAGCUUUGAUUUAUUUAGUCUGUGACCGAUUUUAGAAUCUCAAAAUUAUGACGUUUGACAGUGUUGCCAUGAUCAAAUUGUUUGAUAGCAUGAGUGCCUUUAUUUAUUAUAUAGGUAUAGGGAUUGACAAGUAUUAUAAUUUUGUAAGAGUAAUUUAAAUGUAAGCUUCGUUACACUGGGUAUAAAUGUCCGAUUUUUGCUAUUCGUACAGUGCCUUAUAAAAUAGACUUCCUCCCAGUGUUCAUGUCUUCCAUACAUUCCUUUGCGGAAUUCGCAUUUAUAAUUUUUUUACAUUAUUCAUAAAAUAAAAAUUAUAGACAUAAUGUAUUAAGAGUAAAUUUGGUAUAUGUAUAUCGUAAAAUGUUUUAUUUUUUUGUAAUAUUGAAAUAAUUCAAUAAAAAUAUAUUCAAAUUUAA